AUGAGCGAGAGCGAGGGCAGCUCGACGGCCUCCGUGAUGGACGACGAGGACCUCCUGUGGGAGAUCCUCCUCCGCCUCCCGCCACAACCAUCUUCCCUCCCGCGCGCCUCCGCGGUCUGCAAGCGAUGGCGGCGCAUGGCCACAGACCCCAGCUUCCUCCGCAGCUUCUACGCACACCACCGGAAACCGCCCCUCCUAGGCUUCUUCAAGUACCAACGUGACAAUAUUGUGUUCACCUCCAUCCUCGAUGCUCCCGAUCGCAUCCCUCGUGAGCGUUUUAACAUUGGAGGCAGCAUUACCUCCUCAGAGAGCUAUGUGCUUGGGUGUCGACACGGUCGCGUCCUCGUGAUUGACCAUGUGCGCACAGAGCUCGUCGUGUGCACCCCUAUCACUGGCGAGCAGCGCCGCUUGGCCGUUCCGCCGGUGUUCAAAACAGUCCUCCGUGCUUGCAUCAACGGAGCGGUUCUCUGCGCUGCCAACGACCAGGGCCAUGUGCACGGCGGCUGUCACUCCAGCCCCUUUAAGGUGGUCUUGGUGAUCAUGUAUAGAGACGAACGUCAAGCCCUCGCAUGUGUCUACUCCUCGGAGACCAAUGCAUGGGGCAACCUCAUCUCAACAGCUGCCCCAUGUCGUCUUAUUAAUGCUCAUAGACCUGCGUCACUUAUCGGUAAUGCAUUCUACUGGUUGACUACAAGGAAUGACAUGCUUGUGUUUGAUUUGGUGGAGCAAAGUCUAGCUGUGCUCAGUGGGCCACCGGUUAAAAAUUGUUUCCUCCAUAGUCAGAUCAUCCAAGUUGAGGAUGGCGUUGUUGGCUUUGUCGUAUUAUCUUAUCCACACUUUCAAAUAUGGCAGAGGAAAAUCAAUGAUCAUGGUGUUGCCACAUGGAUGGAGUGGAAGACCAUUGAAAUGCAUAAUAUUCUUGCGCUCCCUCCUCAGAUUGUCAGAGGCGCGGAAACCAUACUAGGAUAUUCAGAGGAUGCUGAUGUGUUUUUUAUAUAUGUGGACGUCAAGUUCUAUAUGGUUCAAUUUAGGUCAAUGCAAUCCAAGAUAAUUCAUGAAGCAUAUUAUAUCACUGACUACCAUCCUUUCAUAGGGUUUUAUUCACCAGGUAACUUUUCAUACUCAAUAUUUCUAUUGUAG